UUCAAUCUAAUUUCUUCUCCUUAUCGUCUUCUUACUAUUGUUCUUGAUGUUGAAAGAUAUCAUAAAGAAAACACCGAACAACCCUAAACUCUGAAUCCUAUAUCGGAUUUGAUAUUUUCUAGAGAGAAAAGGUCGUAACUUUCUAAAGAGACAUUUUAGCAAAAGUUAAGUGGAUCCUCGAAUGUAUGGGAACUGGCCUUCCAAUGAAUCAGAGGACAAAGAAGAAAUCGAGGAAAAUGAGAACUUAUUCCCUGUCUUCUCGGCCAGAUCUCAACACGACAUGCGUGUUAUGGUCUCGGCCUUGACUCAAGUAAUCGGAAACCAACAAAGCAAUUCUCACGAUAACAUGGGCUCUAUUGAUAACCAUCCUUCUGUGUAUAACCCACAAGAUCCUAUUCAACAAGUUGCUCCUACUCAUCAAGAUGAAGGAAACUUGAGGAGAAGACAUUAUAGAGGGGUAAGGCAAAGGCCAUGGGGAAAGUGGGCAGCCGAAAUAAGAGAUCCUCAAAAGGCGGCACGUGUGUGGCUCGGGACAUUUGAGACCGCUGAGUCGGCGGCAUUAGCAUAUGAUGAAGCAGCUCUAAAGUUCAAAGGAAGCAAAGCCAAACUCAAUUUCCCGGAGAGGGUUCAGCUCGGACGCAACUCUACUUAUUACUCCUCCAAUCAGCUUCCACAAAUCCAACCGCAGAAUAUACCAUACAGCCAAUAUUACCAAGAUGGGAGUAGUAACGAUAUGCUAAGUUUUAAUUCGGGGGGUGGAUAUGGUAACUCAGUGUCACAUGAUCAUAGUACUACUACUGCAGCUACAACUUCUUCCUCUUCUGGUGGCUCUUCUAGGCAACAAGAAGAGCAAGAUUAUGCCAGGUUUUGGCACUUCGGUGAUUCUUCUUCCUCUCCUCGAUCAGGUUUUUGAGAUAUAUGAAUUACGAGAUUUUGAAGUAGUAAUUGUGAUGAAGUAUGAUGAUAUGCAUGUCUCUCAUAAAAUUUAAGGUGAAGAUAUAUGUUUCUUCACCGUUUUUGAGUCUUAUUUUUGUCCUCCCUUUAAGAUUUUUUCUUGAGCGUAUGUAUCAGAUUUGGUUUUUUCACUUGAUUUAAUUAAAGAUGCUAGAUUUCUGGUCA